ACGUGUGCGCUUUAAACCAUUUCACUGCGUUUGCUGUGGGAUUUAGUAGAUGGUUUGAUGCAGCAACACAGAGUUUCAUUGUAGUUUUGUGUGUUCACGCUUAAUCUAGCUGAGUUCGUGUGGUCGUGGGUGAAGAUGAUGACAGCUAUCGGUUACUGCUCGUUGAGUGCUCUUUUACUGUGUGUGUGUGGAUGUUUGAGCGCAACAGACUUUGGACUCGCAGCAAAGCCAGGAGUGUGCCCAAGUGUAAAAUCUGGAUCAGGUAAUUGUGCUGAUCUGUGUGCAUUUGACAGCGACUGUCCGAACAAUGAGAAAUGCUGCCGCAAUGGAUGUGGACGUCAGUGUAUGGCCCCUUAUACAGUUAAGCCUGUGCCCAAGCCUCCAGUGCAGCCUGCCCCCGAACUGCCCGUUCCUCAAGUGAAGCCAGUCACUGAGCCCCUCAAGCCUCCAGUGCAGCCUGCCCCCGAACUGCCCGCUCCUCAAGUGAAGCCAGUCACCGAUCCCCUCAAGCCUCCAGUACAGCCUGCCCCCGAACUGGCCGAGCCUCCAGUGCAGCCUGCCCCUGAACUGCCCGUUCCUCAAGUGAAGCCAGUCACUGAUCCCCUCAAGCCUCCAGUGCAGCCUGCCCCCGAACUGGCCGAGCCUCCAGUGCAGCCUGCCCCCGAACUGGCCGAGCCUCCAGUGCAGCCUGCCCCCGAACUGGCCGAGCCUCAAGUGAAGCCUGUCACCGAGCCCCUCAAGCCUCCAGUGCAGCCUGCCCCCGAACUGGCCGAGCCUCCAGUGCAGCCUGCCCCCGAACUGGCCGAGCCUCAAGUGAAGCCUGUCACCGAGCCCCUCAAGCCUGCAGUACAGCCUGCCCCCGAACUGGCCGAGCCUCCAGUGCAGCCUGCCCCCGAACUGCCCGUUCCUCAAGUGAAGCCAGUCACUGAUCCCCUCAAGCCUCCAGUGCAGCCUGCCCCCGAACUGGCCGAGCCUCCAGUGCAGCCUGCCCCCGAAAUGUCCAAGCCUCCAGUGAAGCGAGUCACCGAACUGCCCAUUCCUCGAGUGCAGCCAGUAACCGAGCCAUUAAAGCUGCCAGUGAACCCUGCAGCCGAACUGCCCAUGAAGCUAGUCACAGAGCCCUCCAAGCUACCAGGAAAGCCUGCCAUUGAACCGCCAAAGCCUGCAGUGAAGAUUGCUGAUGAAUUGCCCAAGACUCCAGUGAAGCUUACUGCCAGACUGUUUAAUCCUGCAAUGAAGCCUGCCCCCAUGCCUUCCGUGAAGCUUGUCGCAGAACCACCCAAGCCUCCAAUGAAGCCUGCCCCCAUGCCUCCAGUGAAGCUUGUUGCAGAACCACCCAAGCUUUCAAUGAAGCCUGCCCCCAUGCCUCCAGUGAAGCUUGUUGCAGAACCACCCAAGCUUUCAAUGAAGCCUGCCCCCAAGCCUCCAGUGAAGCUUGUCGCAGAACCACCCAAGCCUCCAAUGAAGCCUGCCCCCAUGCCUCCAGUGAAGCUUGUUGCAGAACCACCCAAGCUUUCAAUGAAGCCUGCCCCCAAGCCUCCAGUGAAGCUUGUUGCAGAACCACCCAAGCCUCCAAUGAAGCCUGCCCCUAAGCCUCCAGUUAAGUUUUUUGCCAAACUAUACAUGCCUCCUUUGAAGCCUGCCGCCCAACCAUCCGGUUACGCUUUCCAGCAUACCGCCCGUUUAGCAUAAUGCAUAGCCAACUGGAGUUCUGAUUAAUUCAGUGCUGAAUGCCAUGGUUUCACCAAAUAAAUGUUUAAGAC